GACCGGAGCAUGGCGCGGCUGUAUGAAGUGUAGAAUUGGACUCGUCCCGGUUUAAACUUCGACAUCACUUCCCUUCCCAUUCGAAGGAAUGCCUUAACCGGAGACAACCACCGCCGACAACGAACAGCCGAGAGCAAAAAUCCCAAGCCCUAGUUCAAGAUUCUUCCACCGUUCGGUGCUGUCCCCGUCGUUCAGUGCUGCAGCGGCCGUUCAACACCAUCGCCGUUCAACUCCGCCACUGUUGUUCAAAGCUGCUACCACUUUCAAAAGCUUUCAUCGUCUCCCUCGUUACAUAACUCUGCCUAGCUCCCCUCUGCAAAAGAUUUUAAUUUCUCAUCUGCAAAAAAAAAAAAAAACACCUUCCAAACUUGUGAUUGUGGCUUACAUGUUUACCAAUAAGAGAAGGCAGGAAGAACGUACUGGAAGAUAUGGAACUCCAAGGGUGCAGUACCUUCAGGAAUUGGUGAGUCAAUUUCAGAAUGCAACUAAUGAAGAAACAAAAGAGAGGAUUGCUGCUAAUUUGGCAAACUUUGCCUAUGAUCCUUACAAUUACAACUUCUUGCGCCAGCUCAAUGUUUUGGAACUUUUCCUAGACUGCAUAACAGAACCAAAUGAAAAACUUGUUGAAUUUGGGGUUGGAGGGAUCUGCAACUCUUGUGCUGAUCCAGAAAAUGCUGCAGUUAUCACUAAUUGUGGUGGAAUCCCUCUUAUCAUUCAAUGCUUAUCAAGCCCAGUUAGAAACACUGUAAAUUAUGGUAUUGGGGCAUUGUACUAUAUCUGUAAUGAAUCAAACAAAGAAGAGAUUGUGAGGCCAGAAGUGGUGGAUGUCAUCAAGAAGUAUGCUGCAGCUGGAUCGGUGAGUGUAAACUUCAGUAAUCUGGCCAAGGCCUUUUUAGAUAAGCAUGUCUCCCAAGUCUAGUGACAGGAAGCAGCAGCCCUUCCUCUCCACAACAUGAUACUCAUAUGGAAGAUCCAUUGUGGUAUGUUUUAUAUCACAACUAUGACUCUAUUAUCACAAUCAAUCCCAAAUAUACCCCAAUUUUAGUUGAUUGUUUAUGUUAAUAAUAUAAACUUUUUUCAAUA